AUGGUGAAGCUGGCAGCCAAAUGCAUUCUGGCAGGGGACCCCGCCGUGGGCAAGACCGCCCUGGCGCAGAUCUUCCGCAGCGACGGGGCCCACUUCCAGAAGAACUACACCCUGACAACCGGGGUGGAUUUGGUGGUGAAGACGCUGCCAGUUCCUGACACGGGGGACAGUGUGGAACUCUUCAUUUUUGACUCCGCUGGCAAGGAGCUGUUUUCGGAAAUGCUGGAUAAGUUGUGGGAGAGUCCCAACGUCCUGUGCCUCGUCUACGACGUGACCAAUGAGCAGUCCUUCCUCAACUGCGGCAAGUGGCUGGAGAAGGCGCGGGCCCAGCUGCCAGGCACCUCCCUCCCAGGUGUGCUGGUGGGCAACAAGACAGACCUGGUCAGCAGGCGCUCGGUGGAAGCGGCGCAGGCCCAGGCGUGGGCGCUGGGCCAAGGCCUGGAGUGCUUUGAAACGUCCGUGAAGGAGAUGGAAAACUACGAGGCCCCCUUCCAGUGCCUGGCCCGGCAGUUCCACCAGCUGUACCGGGAGAAGCUGGAGGUUUUCCACGCGCUGGCGUGA